CUCAGUCAGUCACCGUGUCCUGGAGUUGGAGCCCAGACCUGCUGAGAUGCCUUCUCUGGGCCUGGUGAUGGAGAACGGCCAGGCGCUCCCGGCCUUCCUGCUCUGCGGCACACUGCUGGUUAUCAAGAUGUACGCGGUGGGUGUCAUCACAGGUUACACCAGGCUUCGGAAGAAGGCUUUUGCCAACCCGGAAGAUGCCCUGAAACAUGGAGGCCUCCAGUUCUACAGGAGUGAUCCAGAUGUGGAGCGCUGCCUCAGAGCCCACCGCAACGACAUGGAGACUAUCUACCCCUUCCUCUUCCUGGGCUUCGUCUACUCCUUCCUGGGACCUGAACCUUUGAUCGCCUGGAUCCAUUUCCUUGUUGUCCUCACAGGCCGUGUGGUGCACACGGUAGCCUACCUGGGCAAGCUGAACCCACGUGUCCGCUCUGGAGCCUAUGUCCUGGCCCAGUUCGCCUGUGUCUCCAUGGCCCUACAGAUCCUCUGGGAAGUGGCCCAUCACAUGUGACCAGUGGCUGGAACCUCUUCAUCUACCACACUGUGGACAGAAGCCACCGAGGCUGAGCCUGGCGACUUGGUGUCCCUUCUAAAAGAGGGAUGGGCUCAGGUCCCGGGUUCCUGGCCACCUAGGUGUGUUGGAUCCCUGAGCCCAGUGUGUGUGCGUGUGUUUCUUAGCCUCUUGGGGUCUGGAUGCCCAACUAGAACCACUUACAGAUGAACUGUCAAGAUGGACAGAAUGUCCUUGACCCUUAAACAUUACCCACACCCCCUCGUGCCUCGUGGUGGUGCACGCCUUCCAUCCCAGUACUGGGGAGGUGGAGGCAGGCGGAGCUCUGUGAGUUCCAGGGCAGCCUGGUCUACAGAGCGAGUUCCAGGACAGCCAGGGCUACACAGAGAAACCCUGUCUCAAAAAACCAACCAAACAAAACAAAACAAAAAAAAAAAAUCGAAAGGACAGAGGAUUCUCUAACAAAGCCAUCAUUCCGUCCAGGGCUAAAAAUGAAGACUUCUCAAACCUACCCACAACUCUGGCCAGCCCAAAGAGAGACACCUGGCUGGUAUGUGUCCUCACAAGAGACCCAGCGGCGGCCAGAUCCCUCUCAGACUGCGCAGCUGGGGUGCUUGCUAUUUUUCAGAGGUGGGCAGGUCUGCACGUCCCUGUUGACAACUCUCCGUUCUUUGUUCCGAGUGCCUUAGUACAGGCUGAGGAAUGGUGAGUGCCAUACAGUAAGCUCUGCCUGCCUGCUCAAGGCCUUCGCUCCUCCGAAAGGCAGUCGGUGAUGGGCUUCCGCCGGCCAGCUACGGAAAGUGAACUUUGGGCUUGUUCAGUAUCUAUGAGGUUUGAAGAUACCAGACGUCUACCCCUGUGGAAAACCUCACGUGUGUGUGUGUGUGUGUGUGUGUGUGUGUGUGUGUGUGGUGUCCCAGAGUCCUCCUGAGACCUGUUCAGGGUUAGUCAUUAAACAGCAAUGUGUGACCUGUGAAUGCCCCGUGUUUCCUAUUUCCAGUGUCCUUGCUGUCCCAGCUGGCCUGGUGCCUGCUGGGAAUUUUUAGGGUUCUGGUGUUUGUAUGUUUUGCUUGUUUGAGACUGGUUUCACUUAGCCCAAGUUGGCCUCAAACUUACAAUGUAGCCGAGGACAAGCUUGAACUAACAGCCUGCCUGUACCUCCGAAGUGCUGGGAUUAUAGACCUGCACACCACGAUGGGUUCGUUUCUGGCACCCAGACAGCACAGACGGCCUAUUUGUGGAAAUCACACACCAUCAGGCUGCUCCAGCGAAGUCCUUUUCUUCAGCGGAUCCCUGGUAACGUGGCCUUUGGCUUGGGAUCCAGAGAUGUCCAAAUCCUGUCCUGCCUAUAGCUUCCCUAUAGCUCUGCCACCUGGAUGCUGUUUUCCUGCUCCACCGGUGGAGACACAGGAGUGGCCGCCUGGAAGCUCAGGGGGCUGCCCCAGUGGGUCCCAUGCCCCUCCGUGGUGAGAUUUGCUUAGUGAGACCUAAGGAAAGGCCAGCUAGCCUAGGCUUCAGUCCCACCGGGCCACAGCGCCGUAGUGGACAGCACUGCCCUCUUGUGGUGAGGUGAGACCUUUGGUCUUGGAGUGCUCGUCUAAGGAAAACAAAAACCAUAGAUGGGUUCUCUGCCCCAACUCCCCUCCCUGCACUCCCACCCCUAUUUUGAGUGAGCAUUAGGCUGGAUGUACCUUCAUAGGUCAUUGUCCCCCUCACCACCCCACUUGAUACUUGAAAUAAUUUUAAGAAGGAGGCAUUCCAGCAUUUUAGACAAGAUUAGGGGCGUUUAGAUGGUAUGUCCGAAGACUUGGUUCCUGCGUUUUCAUUUUAUGCAUAUGGGUGUUUUGUAUGAAGGCAUGUCUGUGUCUUAUGUGUGCCUGGUGCCCAUGGAAGCCAGAAGAGGGUGUUGGAUCCCCGGAAGCUGGAGUUACAGACAGUUGUGAGGCACUAUGUGGGUGCUGGAAAUGGAUCUGGGUUCCCAGAAGAGCAGCCGCUGCUCUUAAACACUGAGCCAUCUCUCCAGGCCCAUUUUAGCAUUUUAGCCGAGGGAUUCAGGGUCCAAGAAGAGAGAUGACUUACUCUGAAUUCCUGGGCUAGGACAGGAGAGAACUCAGCAGGGUAGGGCCCAGGGUGGAUAGAGGCUUGAGAGGCCAAAGCUGGGCAAAUGAACAUCUGUCCAUUUCUGUGUUUUUCCUCUUGAGGAAGGUGGGCUUGUGACUGCCAGGUGUUCUAGUAAGGACCUGCCAGCGGCCUGGUGCAGGAACAUGUAUCACCCACGACGAUUGCAUGAUCUGGGGUCUGUGUGAUGGAGCCGGCCCCCUUGGGGGGAGGGGUCUGGGUGAUGGAGCCGGCCCCUCGGAGGGGACUGGGUGAUGGAGCUGGCCCCCUCAGAGGCCCUGAGGGUCCACUCCUGCAGUACUUCCUCAGUCCUGCCCCUUAGCACUGCAGUGGGAAAGACAGCAUGUCAAGGGACAGUGACGGCCCCCCUUGCAGUAAGGCUGAGAGCACUGAUCAGGGGUCCUGUGACCCCAGCUGCCAUAGUGACACUGACAUUGGUCGGAAACUGGAAGGAAAUUCAAGUGGCUGGGUGUGACAGAGCACACCUUUAA